AGCUGGGGGGGAAGGGAGGGGAGAAAAGACCUCACCACCCCAUCCCCACACCCUAGGCCUAGACGCAGUAAACAGACACCAGCCUGGAGGGGCCCGCACACGUCAAAGGUGAGGGCAGCAGAUGCUGGGCCCCGGAAGCUCUCUGUGCCAAGUAAGUGUCCGAGGCCUCCAGGGACUCCCCUGCCAACAGCUGGACUUGAUCACCAGCUUGCAAACUGAGAUCAUGCAUUGGGUGGAAUAACAAAAGGACUUUACUUUCUGCAAAACAUUGUUUUUCAAGGACUUGCUACAGCCCCAGAGAAUAGGCGAACAUCUGGACCCUUGAGUCUUCUUUGAGGACCACAGCUUAAGAGAUUGUGCUCCUGGGGAUUUUGCAGGAUGAUGAUAGCCCUUCGGAGAGCCUGUGCCCUGCUGGUUCUGUUCCUUACAGCAUUUCUGCCCUCACCGCAGUAUGCCCAGGACCCAGCCAUGGUGCACUACAUCUACCAGCGCUUUCAUGCCUUGGAGCAAGGGCUGGAAAAAUGCACCCGGGAAACAAGGGCAUACAUUCAAGACUUCCAAGAAUUUUCAAAAAACAUAUCUGUUAUGCUGGGAAAGUGCCACACCCACACAAGUGAAUAUAAGAGUGCAGUAAACAACCUGGCACUGAGAGUGGAACGUGCCCAGCGGGAGAUUGACUACCUGGAAUACCUUCGAGAGGCUGAGGAGUGCACGGAGUCGGAGGAGAAGACGCUGGCGGAAAUGCUACUUCAAGCAGCUGAGGAAGAGAAGAAGAUCCGCACUCUGCUGAAUACAAGCUGUGACAACAUGCUGAUGGGUAUAAAGUCCCUGAAAAUAGUGAAGAAGACUGUGGACCCAGAUGGCUCUUGGAUGAAAGAUGCUGGCAGUGACUCUCCCAAAGUGUAUCUCUUAAUUGGAUCCAGAAACAAAACUGUUUGGGAAUUUGCAAACAUGCGUGCAUUCAUGGAGGACAGCACCAGGCCAGCUCCCCGAAAGUUACCCCUACCACAUUCCUGGCAGGGAUCAGGCCAUGUGCUCUACAAAGGUUUUCUAUAUUUUCACAAUCAGGGGACGUCUAAUGAGAUAAUCAAAUAUAAUCUGCAAAAGAGGACUGUGGAAGAUCGAAUGCUCCUCCUAGGAGGGGCAGGGCGAGCACUGGUCUACCAGCACUCCCCCUUCACUUACAUCGACCUGGCUGUGGAUGAGCAUGGGCUCUGGGCCAUCCACUCAGGGCCAGGUAUCCAAAGCCAUCUCGUUCUCACAAAAAUUGACCCUAGCACGCUGGGAGUAGAGCACUCAUGGGACACGCCCUGCAGAAGCCAGGACGCUGAAGCCUCAUUCCUCUUAUGUGGUGUUCUCUAUGUGGUCUACAGUUCUGGUGGCCAGGGUCCUCAUCGAAUCACAUGUGUCUAUGACCCACUGGGCAUUAUCAGUGAUGAGGACCUGCCCAACUUGUUCUUUCCCAGGCGGUCAAGAAGUCACUCCAUGAUCCAUUACAACCCUAGAGAUAAGCAGCUCUAUGCCUGGAAUGAAGGAAACCAGAUCAUUUACAAACUCCAGACAAAGAAAAAGCAGUCUCUGAAGUAAUGCAUUGCAGCCAGGAAGGAUAGCAAUGUGGCUUUGGUAGAUGCUCUCCAGGACCAGAGGCCACAGCCCUUCACAAUGUAGUACCCCUCUAGUCACCUGCAAGAGUAGGAUCUAAGUGUGAGGAUAAUAUGCUUCCUUUCCCAGAUGUCGCUGCCAUAGGUAUCUUCCAAUAGCUUAGAUGAGUCUAUCAUUUGGGAAUUUUCAACUUCGGGAUGAGUCUGUUACUUAACCCAACUUCUUGGCCUUGAAAGCCUCUACAUUUGCAUCCAGCUGACUUCCAGCCUUUUCUUUUCCAUUCUCCAGCAUUUACUUUAACUCUGGCCUCUUUUUCCAACAGUUCAAAUUGUCUGCCCCCACCUGCUACUCAAUGGCUUUUUCUCCUCUGGCUUUUGCUCAGUCUCUUCACUCCUUAUAAAUAUUCUUUCAAUUUUUUUACUGCUCAACUAAAAAUACUAUUUCUUAUUGACAUUUAAUCUUUAUUUCCUCUAGCCUUGUGGUUCUUCCAAGGUAGAUAGAUGCAAUAAUAAAAAUAUUAACAUUUCAGUACCACUUUCUAGUUACAAAAUGUUUGUACAUCAUUUAAUUCUCUUCUUGCUCUUGUUAGAUGUCUUUACAAUUGUCAUUGUAGAGAUGAGAGUUUAGAUGUUAUUAAAUGUAUCACAACUCCAAAAUGAAAGACCUAAAAAAUACUGCAACCCUCAUAGUCUUUCUAUUGCUAUAGUCUAAGCAUCCAAUAUGUAUUUUUGUUCACCCAGCCUUUUCUAAAUCAAUGUGCUCAGAAACUCAGCUUCAAACUAAUAGGUUUUACCCCUUUGGCCAUUUUUUUGUGUGUGUCAGCACAAGACUUUCCUAUAGGUCUUUCAAAAUCUCUUUCCUCCAGGAAUGCAGGCUAAGCGUGAGGACCCCACCACUGGCCUCAGCUUGUCUUGGUGUCAUCUGCUUCUUUCUUCUUGCUUGAACCACAAUAAAAGUGACACUAAACAAAUAAGCUCAUCAGGCUAUAUUUACCUACAAACUCUCAGUAUAAAGACUUUCAGGGUGUGCUGCCCGUGUGAAGUUUACUGUGAACACUCCCCGACACACAGAAGCCCUGGGUAAAUAUUCUGGGAUCUGGAGGGAAGCCAGAUAGCGGGCAUGUGGCUCUCAGAGACAGCGGUGUGCUGUGUGGUCCAGAGGGCAGCCUGUGCCUCUAGAAAGGGCCUUCUUUGAAAUGUUUCCCACAGAUGUGUUCAGUCCAGCUGAGUUUGGGUCAGAAGUUCAGGCUGUGGUGCCAGCCUGUAUCCUGCACUGAGGCCUCUGUCUUUUCAGGUUGGUCACGAGAGGGCUUGCUUUGUGUGUUUGCAGCUGUUUCCCUUUCUUUGCCAAGCUCGGGCUGUGACCAUAGGCAGUGAAGGGAGAUUCCCCACCCACUGCCCAUAGCAUUUGAGUAGAUCUUUGGCAGAACAGAAAUAACCAACACAUAGACACAGGGUAAUUCCCUCCAUUCUAAUAGAACAGUAUAGAGAGCCCAAAUCCUUUAUGGAAUGAAGCAGGUAUGAACAAAUAAAUAUGAGGAUAUUACCUGUUCAUGGGUCCAGGGUCAUUAUAUGCCCUCAACAGGGAAAGUCUGGUGCACAGUUCCUCUGGAGGAAAGAAGAGUUUGCCUGUGAUUUGCUGUCCAGCUUCCAUCUGGGAUAGGCUUGGAUUUGAUACCUGCCCUUCACAACUCACCCCUGAUACCUAAAUCCUUUUAGGUCAAGACAUUUUCUCCGGGAGCCCCUGUUAAUGUGCUACUUUGCUUGACAGCAUGCAGGCCUGGGAACACGUUGAGUUUCUUUCAAGUGAACUUUUCAACUCUGGGGUCUCAUUAGAUUUAAGUGAGGGAGCAGUGAUGCCUCCAUCACUAUGCUGAUGAGUAUUAAGUUUGGUUGAACAUAAUAAUCACUUAGGAGCAGGGUGUUAGGGGAAAAGGCCUGUAAUCCCAGCAUUUGGGAAGCUGAAGCAGGAGAAUCUCUGAAUUUGAGUCCUGCCUGACUCUAUAGCCAGAUCCUAUAAUAAACAAAUAAACAAAACAA